AUCAUACAUCCUACAGCUCAUUAGCACACAGACAUAGAAGUCUGUGUGCUAAGUCUCAUAGAAGUAGAUUUAUAGGUUGUAGUUAUGGCCUAAAGCCCCAGUGACUUCUUUGUACGACUCACACCACCGUGACCUCAAACAUUUUUUAUUCUCUCUACAGCGUCUGAAACAGCAGGGCAGAACCAGAGCUCGUUCACAGAACCUCCCAGCUGGGCCGACUGCCCUCAGCUGUAGGUGUAACUGAUGGAUGGACUGAGCAGCAGCUGCUGAUCUAAUCAGCACAGGUGACUGCAGUAUAUGCUGAUUAACAGAGAAACAGAAACGUGUGAAACGGCAGAGGAUUUUUGAACAAUCCCAGUGUUAGUUUGCAGCAUGUUUGUGAUUCUUGUCUUACUUUUAUUUACCACGUCCACCACUGCACAGUGACACCUGAAAUCACAGCAUUGAUUUUCUCAGCUGGAGUGAGGAAGAUGCGGUGAAUCCUGCAGUUUCCAGACAGCGCUGCAGUCAUUUACAGACGGGUUUAUCUGCAGCAACCUCUAAUUACGCUCUGCCCUGAUUUUGAAAUCCAAACUCUCUAUCGGACGGUGCCGACGGUCCUCCACGUCGUAAAAGUGCAGCCACCACUUUCCACAGCAAUUCAUCAUAGCCCUGCGUGAGGUGGAACUGAGGGGAUUUGUGAAUGGACAAGGGGCGGAUCCAGUCAGACUCACGUAACUCUCCUCCUCCUCCUCCUCCUCCUCCUCCUCCUGCAGCAGCUGGAGACGCUCACAGAGAAAAGAGCAGUCUGAUGUGGAGCGACAGCAGUGCUGAACCUCACAAACUCAUACGCACCGACCCCAACAGCCUGGCAUCACACACUUCUGCUGUGCAGCAGUGUGAGACGGAGGAGCCUGGUAGAAGAGAGCUGAGGUCAGAGCACAAGGAUGGACGCUUCACUCCUGCUCUUUCUGCUGCUGUUUAAUGGAGUUCUGCCUAAAGGGUCUUCAGUGCAGAUGUGCGACGUGAUGAACGAGGUCGAGCAGGAGAAGGAGCGCUGCGAGAACAGCACAGCUGGAAACGUCACUUCAGGUUGCCAGGGAACAUGGGAUAUCGUCGCCUGUUGGCCUUCAGCCAGAGUUGGAGAGGUGGUUACCAUAACCUGCCCCACUUACUUCAGUUACUUCAAUGACCAACACAAAGGUAAUCUCUCCAAAACCUGCACAGAGAAUGGCUGGACUGAGAUGAAGCCCAUUGAUAUCGCUGUAAACUGUGGAUACAAUGUCAACAGCACCAGUGAUGAUGGUAAGUUUUUUUUGCAGGUGAAGAUUGGCUACACCAUCGGCCACAGUGUUUCUCUGGUUUCUCUCACCACAGCCAUUGUCAUCCUGUGCAUCUUCAGGAAGCUGCACUGCACCAGGAACUACAUCCACAUGCACUUGUUUGUAUCGUUCAUCCUGAAGGCCAUCGCCGUCUUCAUCAAGGACGUGGUGCUGUAUGAAGUCGGGGAGGUGGAAAACUGCUCCUCCGCCUCUGUUGGCUGCAAGGCCGCGAUUGUGUUUUUCCAGUACUGUAUAAUGGCCAGUUUCUUCUGGCUGCUGGUGGAGGGUCUUUAUCUUCACGCAUUAUUGGCCGUCUCUUUCUUCUCAGAGAAGAAAUACUUCUGGGCUUACAUCCUGAUUGGCUGGGGAGGUCCAACAAUUUUCAUCACAGCGUGGAGCAUCGCCAAAGCCUACUACCAUGAUGUGGGGUGCUGGGAUAUAAUUGAGACCACUGAUGUUUUCUGGUGGAUCAUCAAAGCUCCCAUCCUGGCAUCAAUCUUAAUGAACUCCAUCCUUUUCAUCUGCAUCAUCCGCAUACUUCGCCAGAAGAUCAACUGUCCCGAUAUUGGCAGGAACGAGUCAAACCAGUAUUUGAGACUGGCAAAAUCCACGCUGCUUUUGAUUCCACUGUUUGGAAUAAAUUUCAUCGUGUUUGCCUUCAUCCCGGAGCAAGUAAAGACUGAGUUACGGAUGAUUUUUGACUUGAUCCUGGGGUCGUUUCAGGGUUUUGUGGUUGCUGUGCUUUACUGCUUCCUUAAUGGAGAGGUUCAAUCGGAGAUCAAGAGGAAAUGGCGGCGGUGGAACCUGCAGCGAUACAUGGACUCUUACACCAAGUACCAACACCCGUCCAUCGGCAGCAGCAACAACUUCAGCACUCAGAUCACCAUGCUGACACGAUGUAGCCCCAAAGCUCAACGGGGAUCCUCGUCCUGUCACGACGAUUUGUCCAGCAUGUGAUUCGCACAGACCGUGAAAGGUGGCUCCACGUCUCCAUGCCAAAAACAGGGGAAGAGUGUACAGGACGCAGGUGAAGCUGUAGCUGUGGGAGAAGAUUCACAGAACAGGGACAAAGAGAGAAUCCAGGCGACAGAUGCACCUGAGAAACGACCCUGUGGCCAAUCAUCCUAUCUCCAUGACUCUUACAAAAAACUAGCUUUCACACAUUAGCUUUACGCUCUUUGUAUUUUGGUGCAAGUGACCGGUAAAUGUUUAAUUAAUGUUGUUACCAAAUUGUGAUCGAUAGUGAUUACGUUCUCUCUGUGCUCACACGCCAGUUAACUGUGACAGAUGAAUGUUAGUAGUGGAAGGAUGCUAACGGGAAUCACCCCCACAAACACGCCAUCUGAUCUAAUUAAACCCAGAUUAAAAGAAAAAUCCCUAAGUGGAUUCUGGGACAUUAAAUAAACAGGACUGAUGCAGAGACACGACAGUUGGAGGUUUUAUUUCAACACCGAAUGCAAAGUCAGGUGUAGUUACUACAGUAAGAGAUUAAAUCUGUUGUUUGGUUAACUGCUUAAACAAUCAAAAUAAACAACAAACAAUAAACAAACAAAAGAAUAGAUUUUAGUAUUUUACAUACAAACUUAAUUUAAGUUGUUGUUACUAAGCCUAUAAUACCUAUCCACCUAUAAUAAAAAGUAAAGCCUAGAGGAUUUGCAUCUGUCCCAACAUAUAUCACCCAACGUGAUAUAGUCAGUUAAUGAUCAACCAAUAGAACAAAGUUGGUCAGCUAAAGCAAAUGAACUGCGUUCUUUGUUUUUCUGGCCGAGCAGAUUCAAUUUGUCACCGAACCUCACAGUGGAGUUUAUAUUGCAUCUUUGUAAUUAAUUUUUAAAAAAAAAGAGCAAAAGUCUCAGUGGGACAUUUUCUCAUUAGACAAACGUCUGGCUGAUGAUCAGCUGGCAACUUUAUUUUCCAUACAUCAACUGAAUCAGGCUUCACACUGGUCGGCCGGGAGGAUGCUGAUUCACAGUGAUGGUCGUGAAAAAAACAAAAAAAAAAUCAAUGCCCUUCUCUGCACUAUCACUCUCAUAAGAGACUGUUUGCCCUUUGCUACCACUUCUAUCAGUACAGCCCCUCCGCUUGUAUCUGUCUGUGACUUGGUGCAUAUGAUGGGAUGUGUGUGUUUGAACACUGGAGGCAGUUUUGUGCUGAUAAGUGCUGAGCGUCUGCUGGAGUCGGUCCUCUGUGGCUCUGCAGGGGAAAUGCCUUUAAGUAAUGCAGUCCCUGAAUGUUUACAUUUUCUUUGUAGGAGUCAUUUCAUGUUGUACAGUAAGUACACAGUGUAAAGUGUAAUGAAUUACUAUGGAUUGUGGUGCCCUGCUGGAUGGUAACGUUGGCUACAACAUCAGCAGUGUGUCACACUGUAACUGUUUGUUUAUGCUUCUACAUCGUGGGAGAUUUAAUGCCUUACCAGGAACUUCAAAUGUCUCCUGUUUAUGGAGCCGUCUUUGUUUCACCCUCAGUGUUUUCUUUUGUUUUGUAAAACCUAUGUAUUUAAAAACAUUCAGCUUUUUGUGUGAGUAAAAUAUCUCUUAAUUUUGUUAUUGCUAUUUUUUUAAGCUAACCUUGUUUUGCCCUAAUGUCUCUUUUUUUGAUAUAACAUUCAUCCACUUAUUGUCAUGCAGUGAGUUUAAUAUGUUUGUUAUCUUGUGAUGUUUUGUAAUUAGGGGGCACUAUUAAGCUUCAUUUGGUGGCAUUAGCAUAUGCUCUUUUUGUUUGUUUGUUUGUUUGUUUUACAAUGUAUAGUUGUACCUUGCUUUAUUUGGUUUGGUUUGUUGCUAGUUAGCUUCCUGAAAUGCUUUGACUAUCUAUAGAUCUUUAUUUAAAUCUUUCACCUGUAACUUUUUAUCUUUAAACCUGCAUUAGCCUAGUUUACCAAGUAAAAAAGCACACCUAUGGACAUCUUUCACUCAAAAAUACCAGUGUCUUCUAACCUUUAACCAUUUAGCUGUAAAGUAUUUUUCAUAUCAAAACUGAAAGCUUAUUUUGUACCAUUGUCUGGUUCCUCUCUGCUGUGUUAAUGUGAUGUACAGUAUUUAUAGUUGAAUUUACCAGUGUACCUCCCAUACUGUUGUAAUGUACCACAGGUUUUUGAGCUGGCAUGAUUGUUGUGUGUCAGUGAGGUCAUAAUAAAACCCUGUGUUAAUAUUUUAACCAACAAUCAUUUUAUCUAUAAGAAUUAUAACUAUAAACGGUAUAAUCGAUUUACGGUGUAAAAUAUCACACCGCUUGGUUUUGUAAACUGGAUAUUGUGUUGUAAUAUAACAUUUUGUUUUGUUGUUAUUGCAGUACUAGUGGAUACUGUCGGUAAUAUGGUAUUUAUAUUGUAAAUAUAACCGUUUGUUGUACAGUGUUCCAUUCAAACCUGUGUUGUUCAGGCAGAGGAAUUUAACUGACCACAAAAAUGUGACGUUGUUUCACUUCAUCUGUGUGAAAUAAAUUAUUUUACAUUUUAAUUUUCUUCAUACUUUGCUUUUGUGAUGUGUUUUCCUUCCUUUUUUUGAAUAUAUGAUUUAACAUAAUUUGCCUUUUGCUGCUGGUAAAGUAAUGUCUUUGAAACUACUCUUCAACAAUGACACAGUGGAGUAAUGUUAUUAGAGAGAAGCACAUUUAGUCCUUUAGGAAAUAAUAGAUAAAUUCUGUUCCAGCCUCAGCUCAGCAGAGAGAAAUCAUCAGUGACCUGCGGUUCUUCUUCUCUUUGUGUUCUGCUCAGGGUCAGGCUACUCUGGGUAGAGAAUGAAAUCGGAAAAAGUUCUAAAACGACACAAAGAAAACAUGUUUUUACAGCUUUGGACUUCCUGCUCUGAAAAAACUGCACAUUCCCUUCAACAUCAGUGUUUUCAACUUUUUUUUUGCAGAACAUCAAAUCCAUUUGUAUGUCUACUUCUAACAAAAGAAAUGUUGUCAACUCCA